AUGAUCCCAGAGGAGAUUCAGAGGCUUCUGGAAGAUGUUGAAGAUUACCUGGCAGAUGGGCUGCAGAAUGAAAACUUGACUGCUAAAGCAAGGGAGCAGAGGGAUGCAAUUCUGUUUGGCUUCCAGCAAGUCAAAGCCAGGUACCACUUGGAAUCUCUGCCACGAGGAGAGGAUCAGCAUGAUGUUGGCUUUGCACAGGACAGUUCUGAUGAAAAUCAGAGCUGGGGGUUGGCCCCUUCCAUGACAUCUGAUGCUUCCCUUCCAUCAGACUUGCAGGAUGAUGGAUUGGAGGUCACCCCGAAGCCUGUCCAGGAGAACAUUUUGAAGCAAGGAUAUCUGGAGAAGAGGUCCCGAGAUCACAGCUUUUUCGGGUCAGAGUGGCAGAAGAGGUGGUGUGUCCUCCACAGAAGGACCUUUUACUACUAUGCCAAUGAGAAAAGCAAGCAACCUAAAGGCAACUUCUCCAUGGAGCACUACAGUGCCCAGCUGGCCUUUCACCUGCGCAAGGACUCUCGGAAAAUGUGUUGUUUUGAGUUAAUCUGCCCCGGCAAACGCACCUACGAGUUCACAGCCCCAAGCCCAGCAGAGGCUGAAGACUGGGUGGAUCAGAUCCAGUUCCUCCAGAAGGACCUGAGCUCCCUCACGAUCCCGUGUGAUGAGGAGGAUGAAGAAGAGCUCUACAAUGACGUGGACAGUUCUGACUCUUUGAACACCACAUCCCACAAUACUACCUUGAAUCAGGAUGAGCCAAACAUCGAGAUGGAAGAGGAUGACAUCUACGAGGUUUUGCCAGAUGAGGAGCUGGACCCCCCUUGCCUAGAGGACAGUGAGGAUGCCAGGAGCAGACAGAGAAGUGGAGCUCCCCAGAGGGAUUAUGCUAAUUACUACCAAGGCCUGUGGGACUGCAGCAGUGAGCACCCUGAUGAGCUUGCCUUCCACCGUGGGGACCUCAUCUACAUCCUGAGCAAGGAGUACAGUGUGUAUGGCUGGUGGGUUGGAGAGCUCAACAACAGCGUCGGGAUCGUCCCCAAGGAUUACCUGGAGGCUGCCUACGAGCUGCAGGAGUGGUGAGGGCAGCAGCAACCCCAGGUCCGUCUCUCCCUGGCCCUGCUGAGAUACCAGGGAGAUUGUACCCACCUCCAGCCUCCCCCAGCUGGGCACCCGUUGCAUGAAGAGACCCA